AUGCCCGCAUCGCUGGCCCCGCUCGCGGUCCUGCUCUGCGCCUGCGGCCUCCUGGCCUCGGAUGCGGCGCGGGUGAGGGCGGCCGUGGACGAGGAGGCCCUCACCUUCGCAAACCUGCGGGCGGAGCGCUUCUACGCCGCGGAGGGCGGCGGCAGGUCCGAGGAGGACUGGGACUGGCUGAACGAGCUCGGAGAGGUGAAGACGAACCUGCACGAGUGCCAGGUGAAGACCCGGGAGGAGCUCGAGAGGCUGGGGCAGCAGGCCCGCGAGGGGAUGGGGUGCGCGAGCGACCAGGCCCUGGCGGUCCUCGGGCACGUCCGCGAGUUCUUCGAGGGCCUCCGCAUGGGCGACGACGGGCCGGCCGAGGAGUUCGUCCAGAGCGUGAUGCGGUGGCCGAAGAAGAACAAACAUACGCGAGCAUGA